CAUACGGAAUAGCUAUCAACGGGUGUAUUGACGGAUUUUCAAGAUAUAUAUUGUGGUUAGAGGCCAACUAUACAGCAAGUGAUCCAAGAGUAGUAGGCGCUUACUUUGUGUCUGCUGUUGAAAACCUAGGAGGAUGCCCAGAAUACAUGCGAGGAGAUAGAGGCACUGAAAAUGUUGUUGUGGCUCAGCUGCAGACUUUCUUUCACGAAACAUUUAACCCUGCAAACACAACUGAACACUUUAGGUAUGGUCGAAGCACAGCAAAUCAGAGAAUCGAAAACUGGUGGUGUUUCCUGAGGAGGCAAUGCACAGAAUUUUGGAUAUCCUUUUUUCAAAUGCUCAAACGAGAUGGAUUAUUCAACGGAAAUCUACUAGAGCUGGAAAUAAUGCGGUUUGUCUUUAUGGAAAUCAUCCAAAACGAUCUUGACGAGAUUAAAAUGCUGUGGAACUUGCACCCAAUAAGGAGAACAAAGAAUGAUCAGUUGGCUUACGGGCGUCCUGUGAUGAUGUUUACAUCACCUGAAGAGUAUGGUGUAUAUGACUACAUACGUCCGGUUCCUUGUCAUUACCUACAAGAGUGCAAGGAAGAAUGUACAUUUAAGGAUAACGUCUUUUGUGACGUAGAUGUAAAUGAAAUGUGUAUACUUCUGAUGCAAGAACAUGGAUGGCAAAAAGCAAACGAUGCAAUUUCCGGUCGCGAACUGUACGAAAGGUUAAGAAGAAGGCUUCAAACUGUCGUGUGAUAACAAGUUAUUAUCAGAGACAGUGUAGCCAUUGAUUUUGUGAAAUGGCUUCGGUGCAUAAGCACAUGAUACAUGAUUGUAACAAAUACGUUUAUUAUUUUAUAUGGCAGAUAUGAAAAUAUGGUAUUUAGGUCAUACUAAAACAUAUUUCGGUUACUGUACAGUGUCGAUGCUGCAGGCUUAUUUAAUAAAAAGAAAUAUGGAUAAACGACACUUGGAGUAAUUAUCAACUAAUGUUACCAUUGUUUGAUGUAUCCAUCAUUUGAAUAUUAUUUUAAUAAAUAGUACUGUUGUUUUGAAAAAAAAAAAACAGUCAAGUUUUCAAUAAACAAUUUGAGGCUUUGAAUGCCAUUUAUAGUGUUUUAAGGGAUAAUGUUUAUUGGCCAUAAUGUUUUCAAAAAAGAAUAUACUUUUACUAAUUAUGUAAUUGCCAUUGACCUGAUAAACGUGAAGUAGACUAAGUUCCAUAUACAAGCACGUGAAAGGAAUAC